AUGGGUUACUUGAAACGUGAACAAAACAUCCAGUUAUUGAAUUGCUUUCUAAUAUCUGAUUCGAAUCAACAUAGGGAAAACGCCUGUGGUAGCAUAUUCAAGCAUAUUUACCGUCACGAAAGAAAUCAAAGAUUGAAAAUCCAACUCACGUCUUGAUUCACGUUUUAAAAGUAGGUUAUAAUGCGUAACGUCACCUUGAACUGCAGUAUUUUGGACCCACCGCCACAGAGGACCAAACGCCACCCACCCUCCAUCCUUAGAGAGUCCUCCACCAGGGAGGUCCAACAAUACCCACAAUCCCCAAGAGACCCAAAUCGUGUAAUCGUCAAGGGCUUGGAGUCGUAUAAAACGAUGGCAGCCUCGUGACGACUCGCUCAUUUGCAAGGGUCGUCUGUACCUGGGUAGACCAAUCCCCGCUGCGUCAGCACAAAUAGAAGAUGUUUUCCCUCCUCUCGUCGCCGAGAGCUCGGCAGAUUUUGGCCUCAGUCACUGUCGGCUUGCUGUUAUCGGCAAUGAUGGCAACGUGGGGUUACCCAGCUGCAGCUCUUCCUCAGUGGGAAAGUGAGGACUCUGUCAUUCAUCUUACUACUGACCAGGAAAGCUGGUUUGCCACUGUUACGCUGAUGAUGUGCAUUCCUGGUUCGCUGAUCGGCGCUUCCAUCUACGAGUGGCUAGGCCCAAGAAAGACGAUGUUGGCUUUGGCUCCCACUCUUGGUCUUUUCUUUAUGACCAUGGCAGUAGCUUCAUGGGAAAUUGUACGUGAAGCAGGCAUGGCAGAGACAGUUCUCUUAACUAGCCGGGUUAUUCAGAGCAUAAUUGUAGCCCUGCUGAACCCUUUCGUCUCGGUGUACACCUACGAAAUUUGUGACCAGAGUAUCAGAGGCAUGAUGACCAGCUUCGUUGAGAUAUGGGCUACAAUUGGUUACUUACUCUCCUACUUGGCUGGAUGUUUUCUUUCUUGGGAUUUGAUUGCAUUACUUCUGCCAAUAGUUUUACUAGUCCCUGCCUUUACUGGGUUGCUGAUUUCACCAGAAUCUCCUCUAUGGUUAGCCAGAAUAAACAGAGAAAAUGAAGCUACAGAAAUAUUAGAACGAAUACGUUCUACAGGAAAGGAAGUCAUGGCAGAUUUGGAAGCUGUCCGGAGCACCCAGAGUGGAAAGGCGUCUACGUGUUCAGCAUCUCUCUCUAUAUUCACAAAGAGAAGCCAUCUUAAGGCAAUCAUUGCCUCGUCGCUCAUUUUCACAGUGAAUCAGCUUGGCGGAUUUGCAAUCAUUGCUAUAUACGUUGUUCAUAUUUUCAAUGAUUCAGGGGUAGGGCUGAGCCCAAGCUGGAGCUCGGUGGUGAUAGGGGUAUUCCGGCUUGUUUUUAGUGUAAUUGCUUCUUUCCUGUUGCGCGGACAAUCUCGGAGACGUAUGCUAUUCGCAGGAAACACUUUAGCCGCAUUUGCGUCUGCUCUCAUGGGGACUUUCUUUUACCUUCAAAGCUUAGGUCAGGAUGUUUCGUGGUUGAGCUGGUUGCCACUUUUCGGCCUCGCUCUGUAUAUGGUGGGAUAUGCAGGAGCAGUUGGACCAACCACCUGGACUGCUGGGGUUGAAGUACUGCCGGGACCUGUCCGCUCUGCAGGUUUCGGGAUAGCCACCACCUGCUAUUCGAUCACCGCUUUUACCUUAUCCAAAUUCUUCUUGGACAUGAAGGAUACGAUAGGCCUACAUGGAGUGUUUUGGUUUUUCUCAUGUGGUUCUCUCGUUUACAACAUAAUUGUCUUCUUCUACAUUCCAGAAACUUAUGGGAAAUCUAUGAAGGAGGUCGCAGCUUACUGGGAAAACACAAGAACACAGGAAACUGAUAAGAAUGCAACCGUUUGAGAAGGGCAUUUUCAGAGUAAUACCUGCUAUAGUAGAUUCACAUCAUAGUGCAUCUGAUGUCUAGGCCAGUCACUUACGACGAUCCUGAUUGGCUGUUGAUAAGCCAAUCACGAGCUAGAAACUCUGUCUCUCUCAAGAGUUCACACAGGCAGGAUGUAUGUUCCAACUCUCCUGAGGGAUACGUCUUUCAAAAGCAUCCAUCAGGAGAGGUGGAACAUACAUCCUGCCUAUAAGAACUCUCGAGUGACUGAGUUUCCAGACCAGUCAAUUGCUUAUCAACAGCCAAUCAGGAGCGUCGUGCGGGACUGGCCUUGACAUCAAAUGCACGGCUGAUGUGAAUAUACUAUAGUUACAAUACUAAAGUGAAUAUUUUGAAAUGAAGUGGUGGGAGGAUGUUUAAAGAAAAGAAAAACGUUUAGUUUUGUGUGCGAUUUGCUGUCUUGAAUUCGUGUACGCCACUGAAGGGAUGGGUUUUUUUUCUUAGCUUUUCAGUCAAAUUAUCAGCCCAACAGUUUGAUAUAUGAAUAUCUUGCACUACACAAAACUCUCAUAUCUUUCCUAGCCAAGUUCUGUGACGCUAUACGCUCUUUAAAAGUGUCUUGUCCGCUAGUAAUGUUUUAUGUAUAAUGGGUAUAUC